GCAUGUCGUUUCUAGUAGGCCACCCAGCCGAAGCCACCGCGACGUGUGCGAUCCGGCUGUAUGGCGAUGUGCGGAUCCCGAUGGCCAUGCGUUUUUCUUGUCUUGGUAAAUUUGGUUUUGGCGAGUUGCAAAGAGAAUGUUCUGAUCAGAAGAGAUGUUGCUAUCCGGCAUGAUGGCAAAUUUGACUUGCUGAAACGUCCUGAAGUUCACCAUGCCAAACAUGGUCACGCCAAGCGCCUUUCCACGAAGAAACGUGGCGAACACGCGCAGCACGCAAUCAGUCAUUUGAAAGUUGAUGAGAUGAAAGAGAUUCCGAACUGCAGAGAGGAAUAUACCUGCGAUGCUCACAGAACAAGAUCCUUGGGCGACUACGCAAGGAAACACAUUGCUGUUUACACCUACAACAUUGGAUCCUAUGAAGGUGGUAUGCGAGAUGACAAUGUACCAUGUGUCCCCAGCAAUGUGGACGCCUUUCUAUUUUUAGAUGAUGAUACGAAGGAACGCACGGACUCAAAUUCUUUGAACCUUUGGAAAAAACUGGGCUGGCAAGUCAAGUCCGUGACCUUGCAAGCGGGAAGCGAAUUCGUGACUGGUGCCCGUUUGACGUCCAAACUCUUAAAAUUCACUCCACCAUCUUGGCUUCUGAAUGGUGAGUGGGAGUGGCUGGUGGAAUUCGAUGGAAAUGUUGUCUUGGACCUCCAUACUCUGGGACCUUUCCUCGACAAGUACAGCUCCAAACCCUUGUUGCUGUUGGAUUGGAGCUACCACGAAGACUGUGGCGAUGAUGGCUUCCAAUGUUUCAGCCACGAGCUGCACAAUAUGUUGCAUGCACGUCGAAAGUACAUUGAGGACUCCAAGGAAAAUGUCUAAGCAUGGGAGCGCAAACUUGCCAAAGAGCAUGAUGGCACUGACGGGACAAGGAAGUACACGCCACCGUACUACUACGAGACCCGGAUCAUCGUGCGGAAUCUUCAGCAUCACAGGUCUGACGAGGUCACACAGGCAUUCGGACGAACCUACGAAAAGUGUCAUGAGAUUCAGAGAGACCAAUUUCUAGUGCCAUACUUCUUGUGGCAUGCGAAUCUGAGCUUCGACACUGAAGCUCUUCCAAUGAGAUACCUAGCUGAUUCAGUUGGUAUGUGCAUGGUGGAGACAAGAGUUGGCCGCAACUGACGGAUUUAUCCCACGAUUAUUUGAUGGAUUGGUCAUCGGGAUAAUGAUUCUCCUUGAACUUUGUGGUGAAACCACAGCACUCCAUAGAUUUGCUGCGACACAACUCUUGCUCACAGAGGGUUUGCGAAAAAGCCG